AUGCCGUCAGCUCAGAAGCGUUUGAAGAAGGCCACAGGCACCCAAACAAGACCUCGGCGAUCUCGUCGUCAGCGUCGCGACCAGGAAUCUCCAGACCAUAGCACCGAUAGAGAAGAUGAAGAUACUUCUGAAGACAGCAAUGAAGGGGAUGAUACCGAUGAAGACAACCAGCAAGACAAAGAAGACCUCACUGUCGCCAACGUCGUACUUCCCACUUUAGCAAACUAUGCAACUUUAGGUGUUGAUUGGACUGAUGCUUAUUUAGAAAAAGUACUUGCCAGCCGCAAGAUUGGCUCAAACAACCGGCCUUCAGCCAAGAUCCUCCUGGAAGCUCAAGCUCUACAGGACAACUUCCAACGUUCACUCAAGAUGCUGAGUCUGGCUGGACAGAUCAGCUAUCCCACCUUGAAGGCAGCUCUGUUCCUUGGACCUAGCCAACGCGCUACCACAUUGUAUGAUACCUACCGAGCAUACAGUAAGAAGAACACACAAGAAACAGCUAAGCUAGUCAAUAUGAAUAAGGUAAAACGCCACUUCGAACGUCGAUCUCUUGGCAUGCCACAGAGUGCACAGAGUGAGAAAAAAAAGGUCGUCUUGAGGUUAGCGGUGUGGUCAAACAACUUCAUGCGCUGCACACUCAGUUUGACAUCGAAUUCCAUCUGCUUGUCUCCUCUUUCAACCCACGGACAAAACUCGCCAAAGCUCUCUGGAUGGACGAAUACACGUCAUGUGAUCGAUGGGCACAGAGGCCACUCAAUGCCCGCGGGAUGUUUUCACAAAAAAAAAGAGACAAAAAUCAGACCUCCUGCUGCCAAGGAGCAAACCCGAUUGCGCACUGAGCUAACCUCGCGUCUCAACCAGUUGGUUGAAACCCAACUUCCUUACCCACCCCGACCAGGAGUUGAUAUUCACCCUAAAGGGCCAAGAUGCGACUCGUUAUUAGCAGCAAAGAAAUUUCUUCAAGGAGUACGGCUCCAGGUUCAUCGCACUCAAGACUGCCAAAUCACCGAUGCAGUGCUCGAGAAAGGCGCUGCACCAGGGAACAUGAGUGUUCAACAGGUUCGACUAUGGCUGAAAGAGAUUGCCGAUUUACGCUAUACAGUCAUCCUGGCAAGUCCACCCCAAGCCUCUGCCUCUCUGAAGAAGUAUACAAACUGUUUGAAGAUAUGGGUCAAACACCGUGAGGACCCCGACCCAAGCCUGAUCAAGGGUCGGGUUGGGGAUUUCCCACAUUCACCAAGACCGAGUGAUUCAUCAACUUGUGUUCACCUUUCAUCACCAGCUCACCAUUCACGAGUUCAUCACCAACCAGUCCACGGUCGACCGAUCAAUCAGUCACCCAUCCAAUCAACCUUAUCUGGAACACAUCGCCACACAACUACCCAGCACCAUUUCAUUUAUAUGGCGUGUCCCCUUUGGAUAGUUAUGCCUGUUCCACCAAAGAUCAAGGUCAAGGUUGUCACAGAUCCCAAAACAGACCGAAAGACGAUGGACAAUUACGUUAAGGAGUUUGUAAUACGACACGGCUACAAAAUCACGAUCUCACACUCUACACAUGACGCGACCUGCAAAUUGUGUCAUUAUGACUGUCAUCAAGGCGGAAAUCCAGCCCGUCCCAAAAUCAAGCAGAUCGACAGCAACACUCCACCUUGCUCUACCGAAUCAGAAAAACCACAUGUCACCCGGUCCAUCAAGAUUCAGUGCCCUUUCCGUCUGACCGCCAAGCUUGAUGAGACUACUAACACCUGGGUUCUUCACCAUGUUCGAGUUGGUCACAAUCAUGGACCGGCGGACACAAUAGCUAACCCAAAAUCUGUAACACACCCUACUAUAGUUCAUCCGCCGGAAACCCACGAUCAUGGACCAGCGGACACAGAGGAAAACCAAAAUUCUGUAACACUCCCUACCAUAGUUUAUCCACCGGAGAUCCACAGUUGCGCAACCCGCAUUCAACAACUAUCACCAAGAAGGCAGAUUAUUGUAUUGGAGGAGGUCAACAAAAUUAUAGAUCAGCGCAGUGCCAUGCACUCGAUUACAAGUCCUCUCAUGGUCAAGGAUGCUUCUCUUGAUGAAGAAGAACUUGACCUAGCGCUCAAAUUUUUGAAUGCUUUGGAUGAAAGCGGUAGCGAGGGUGUAAUUGAGUGUAACAAUCCUACCUCUCCAGAUAAUGGACUCCUGGUCAAUGAUCAAGCUCAACUGGACAAAGAAAACCGGGCUCAACGUGAAGCAGAUGAGGAAAAAACCAACAAAAACACCUUGGUCCAAGCAAAGAUGGAUGCGAAUGAAAAAGCUGGUGAGCUCUCAGUGGAUCAAGCAGAAAGAAAUAUGGAGAAAGUCGAAAACAGAAUCGAGCCUUCCAAGACCAAGCGUACAGUAUCAAGGACUGCGAGCAAAGGACGAGCUACUCAGAAUAAGAAACUGGCUAAGUCUAAGGAUUCGCAUCCUCAAGCUGAAGAGAUGACCGUGUCUCGGACCACUCGUUCAAGAGCCCAAAGAAGUCCACGUGCAGCUCGAUCUAGUGGUCGCAUCAAACACAAGACUGCAUGA